AUGUCGACCCUUGAGGAUCUUGACGACCUCGAGCGCGAGACCAGAGACAAGAAGCAAGACCAGGGCGACGAUGGCAAGCAGCCUGGUGGUGACGAAGAUGCUGAGAUGCAAGAUGCCGAGAAGAAGGAUGAAGAGGAUGAGCUUCUAGAUGACGAGAUUCUACACUCAAGCACGGCGGACAUUGUCAAACGGCGGCGGAUGCUGGAGAACGAGAUGCGCAUCAUGAAGAGCGAGUUCCAGCGGUUGACACACGAGCAGAGCACAAUGCGGGAGAAAGUCAAGGAUAACCAAGAAAAGAUCGAGAACAACAGACAACUACCAUACCUUGUCGGCAAUGUGGUCGAGCUAUUGGACCUUGAUGUGGAGGCUGAAGCCGCAGAGGAAGGCGCCAACAUUGACCUGGACGCUACGAGGGUGGGCAAGUCUGCCGUCAUCAAGACUUCGACCCGACAGACCAUCUUCCUUCCGCUUAUCGGCCUGGUCGAUCACGAAAAGCUGAAGCCCGCUGACUUGAUCGGUGUGAAUAAGGACUCAUACCUCAUCCUGGAUACGCUACCAGCCGAAUAUGACAACCGUGUGAAGGCGAUGGAGGUCGAUGAGAAACCGACGGAGAAGUACACAGAUAUUGGUGGUCUGGACAAGCAGAUUGAGGAGAUUGUCGAGGCUAUAGUAUGGCCGAUGAAGGAAGCAGAGCGCUUUAAGAAGAUUGGCAUCAAGGCGCCGAAGGGUGCUCUGAUGUAUGGACCCCCUGGAACCGGUAAAACCCUUCUUGCACGAGCCUGUGCCGCCGAGACAAACGCAACCUUCCUCAAGCUCGCAGGCCCGCAAUUGGUGCAGAUGUUCAUUGGUGACGGCGCCAAGCUGGUGCGUGACUGCUUUGCGCUGGCGAAGGAGAAGGCCCCCUCAAUCAUCUUCAUCGAUGAGCUGGAUGCCGUGGGUACAAAACGUUUCGACUCUGAGAAGUCCGGUGAUCGUGAGGUGCAGCGUACCAUGUUGGAGCUGCUGAACCAGUUGGACGGAUUUGCCUCCGACGACCGUAUCAAGGUUCUUGCUGCGACCAACCGUGUCGACGUGCUUGACCCUGCCCUGCUUCGUUCCGGUCGUCUGGACCGCAAAAUCGAAUUUCCACUUCCUAACGAGGAAGCGCGGGCCAACAUUUUGCAAAUCCACUCGCGUAAGAUGUCUGUUGAAGACAGCGUGAACUGGGCUGAGUUGGCGCGAAGCACCGACGAGUUCGGUGGUGCUCAGCUGAAGGCCGUGUGCGUUGAAGCUGGUAUGAUCGCUUUGCGAAAGGGAAUGAAUAAGGUUGGCCAUGAAAACUAUGUUGAUGCUAUCGCCGAGGUACAGGCCAAGAAGAAGGAUACAAACAUGGGCAUUUACGUCUAA